GAAGGAGACGAACCGGAAACGGUUGCUUGUUUAAAUAACAUCAGCCCGGGGUUGACUUCCUUUUCAGUCGCGGCCCCGUCGAGGAAGAUGGCGGCACAGAUCUCCAAGAAACGGAAGUUCGUGGCGGACGGCAUCUUCAAGGCCGAGCUCAACGAGUUCCUGACACGCGAGUUGGCGGAGGAUGGCUACAGUGGCGUGGAGGUCCGCGUCACCCCGACUAGGACCGAGAUCAUCAUCUUGGCCACCAGGACUCAGAACGUUCUGGGUGAGAAAGGUCGCCGAAUCCGUGAACUGACUGCUGUUGUUCAGAAGCGAUUUGGUUUCCCAGAGGGAAGCGUUGAGCUUUAUGCUGAAAAGGUUGCCACAAGAGGGCUUUGUGCUAUCGCUCAAGCAGAAUCCCUGCGUUACAAGUUGUUAGGAGGCCUGGCAGUGCGUAGAGCAUGCUAUGGUGUUCUUCGCUUCAUUAUGGAAAGUGGGGCCAAGGGCUGCGAGGUGGUGGUUUCCGGAAAACUCCGAGGCCAGAGAGCCAAGUCCAUGAAAUUUGUUGAUGGUCUGAUGAUUCAUAGUGGUGACCCAGUGAACUACUAUGUUGAUACAGCUGUACGCCAUGUACUGCUAAGACAAGGUGUAUUGGGAAUUAAAGUUAAAAUCAUGCUGCCGUGGGACCCAAGUGGUAAAAUUGGACCCAAGAAACCUCUGCCUGAUCAUGUCAGCAUCGUUGAGCCCAAGGAUGAGAUCUUGCCAACUACACCAAUUUCAGAACAGAAGGGAGGCAAACCAGAGCAACCUGUGAUCCAGCAGCCUGGACCAGUUCCGACUGCAUAAUUGGCAUACCAACAUAGAGCAGUAUCUAAUUUUCUGUACUUGUUCAAAUAAAACAAAAGAAAAAGG